UUUUCUUACUAAAACGUGGAGCCUAGAAGUCAACACGGAUCACCCAUCCCAUUAUUGAGCUUCUAUAUAAUAGCCCGCAGAAGCCAUACUUUCCUUACCCCUCACGUAUUUACUCCAAAUUAAGAAAGAGAUCUGAGUCCAUAUACUUCGUAUAUACUACAGUAAUUACUAAGUAAGAUGAAACAUAAUAAGAAAACAGCCCCUUUCUCAAUCCUUUUGAUCCUUUCGGUGAUGAAAGUCUGUUUGGGGGGAGAAAUAGCGAUAUACUGGGGACAAAAUGGGAACGAGGGCAGCCUGGGAGAUACCUGCGCCUCCGGCAACUACAACAUCGUCAACGUCGCUUUCUUGACCGUGUUCGGAAGUGGUCGGACUCCGGUCCUGAACCUCGCCGGCCACUGUGAUCCUGGCAGCAAUGGGUGCACCGGCCUGAGCGCCGACAUCAAAGCCUGCAAGAGUCAGGGCAUCAAAGUUCUGCUCUCCCUGGGAGGUGGGGUUGGCACCUAUUCCCUUUCUUCGGCUGAUGAUGCCAAGAGUGUGGCUCAAUAUUUGUGGGACAGCUACCUUGGCGGACAGUCAGGGUCAAGGCCGCUAGGAGACGAACCUCUUGACGGAGUUGACUUCGAUAUAGAAUCAGGCGGAAGUCAGUUCUACGGUGAACUUGCGACGGCCUUAAAGACAUUCGGACAGAACGUGUACUUAUCGGCGGCGCCGCAAUGUCCAUUCCCCGAUGCAAUGCUGCAACCGGCCAUAACCACCGGAGUUUUCGACUCCGUUUGGGUUCAGUUCUACAACAACCCUCCCUGUCAGUAUUCUUCGGGGGACGCCUCCAAUCUCCUCAACUCUUGGAACAAUAAUUGGGCAAAUAUUCCCGCCGGGAAAGUCUUUCUUGGAUUGCCGGCCGCUCAGGCGGCUGCCGGGAGCGGUUUCAUCCCGGCGGAUGUGGUUACAUCUCAGAUCCUUCCGGCCAUCAAAGGUUCUGCCAAAUACGGAGGCGUGAUGCUCUGGUCUAAAUUCAAUGACAACGGCUACAGCUCAAGUAUAAAGUCUGCUGUUUGAUCAAUUAAAAUUUUAUGUACUCUCUUUGUAAUGUUCUCAGCUUGUAUAAUUGAAUAAUUGUAUCACUUUUAAAUUGAGAUAUUACUCAAAAUAGGACUAAAAGAGUUUGAAAAUUCCAAAAUAGGACUAACAUGUUUUUAUUCCCAAAAUAGGACUUAUUAUUGCCAUGUUUUGGCAGUAUUAGACUUCAAACAUGGCAGUAUUUUUCAAACUUGACAGUAAUUACUCUUAUUUUGGGAAUGAAAACAUCACAGUGCUAUUUUGGAAUUUUCAAACUUUUUUAGUCUUAUUUCGGGAACUUUCCCUUUUACUUCUUCCAUCCCUUAACAAUGGGACAAAAAAGAGUGACACGUAAAUCAAUAAAAAGUUGUGUAAAUCUACCAUUUUUUCUCAUAUACUCCUUAAUUCCUUAUAACUUUCAUGUAUUAACUUUAUCGUAUGUUUGAGUAAAUCUACUAUCUUU